AUGGAAAUCAGCGUGCGUUCUUACCAGGAGCUGUGCUUCCCGGGACCUCACGAACUCUAUUUUAAGAACCUUUCAAAAAGAAAAAAUCAAGUCAUGGAGAAGAAUGGGAAUAAUCGGAAGCUGCGGGUUUGUGUCGCUACUUGCAACCGUGCUGAUUAUUCUAAACUUGCCCCAAUCAUGUGUGGCAUUAAAACGGAACCCGAGUUCUUUGAGCUGGACGUGGUGGUGCUUGGCUCUCACCUGAUCGAUGACUAUGGAAAUACAUACCGCAUGAUUGAACAAGAUGACUUUGACAUUAACACCAGGCUACACACGAUCGUGAGAGGGGAAGAUGAGGCAGCCAUGGUUGAGUCAGUAGGCCUGGCUCUAGUGAAGCUACCAGAUGUCCUGAAUCGCCUGAAGCCUGAUAUCAUGAUUGUCCACGGAGACAGGUUUGAUGCCCUGGCACUGGCCACAUCUGCUGCCUUGAUGAACAUCCGAAUCCUUCACAUUGAAGGCGGGGAAGUCAGUGGGACUAUUGACGAUUCCAUUAGACAUGCCAUCACAAAACUGGCUCACUAUCAUGUGUGCUGCACACGAAGCGCAGAGCAACAUCUGAUAUCCAUGUGUGAGGACCAUGACCGCAUCCUUCUGGCAGGCUGUCCUUCCUAUGACAAACUUCUCUGUGCCAAGAACAAAGACUACAUGAGCAUCAUUCGCAUGUGGUUAGGUGAUGAUGUAAAACCUAAAGAUUACAUUGUUGCUCUUCAACACCCAGUGACCACUGACAUUAAGCAUUCCAUUAAGAUGUUUGAAUUAACAUUGGAUGCACUCAUCUCAUUUAACAAGCGGACCCUAGUUCUGUUUCCAAAUAUUGAUGCAGGGAGCAAAGAGAUGGUUCGAGUGAUGCGGAAGAAGGGCAUCGAGCAUCAUCCUAAUUUUCGGGCAGUUAAACAUGUGCCGUUUGAACAGUUUAUACAGCUGGUUGCCCACGCUGGUUGUGUGAUUGGGAACAGCAGUUGUGGGGUACGAGAGGUUGGAGCUUUUGGAACACCAGUGAUCAAUCUAGGAACACGGCAGAUUGGAAGAGAAACAGGGGAGAAUGUUCUUCAUGUCCGGGAUGCUGAUACCCAAGACAAAAUAUUGCAAGCACUGCACCUUCAGUUUGGUAAACAGUACCCUUGCUCAAAGAUAUAUGGGGAUGGAAAUGCUGUUCCAAGGAUUUUGAAGUUUCUCAAAUCUAUCGAUCUGCAAGAGCCACUACAAAAGAAAUUCUGCUUUCCUCCUGUGAAGGACAAUAUCUCUCAAGACAUUGACCAUAUUCUUGAAACUCUGAGUGCCUUGGCUGUUGAUCUCGGCGGGACAAACCUCCGAGUUGCAAUAGUCAGCAUGAAGGGUGAAAUAGUUAAGAAGUAUACUCAGUUCAAUCCUAAAACCUAUGAAGAGAGGAUUAAUUUAAUCUUACAGAUGUGUGUAGAAGCUGCAGCAGAAGCUGUAAAACUUAACUGCAGAAUUUUGGGCGUAGGCAUUUCCACAGGAGGCCGCGUUAAUCCUCGGGAAGGAGUUGUGCUGCAUUCAACCAAACUGAUCCAAGAAUGGAACUCUGUGGACCUAAGGACUCCCCUGUCUGAUACUUUGCAUCUCCCCGUGUGGGUAGACAAUGAUGGCAACUGUGCCGCCAUGGCAGAAAGGAAAUUUGGCCAAGGAAAGGGCCUGGAAAACUUUGUGACAUUUAUUACAGGCACAGGAAUUGGCGGGGGAAUCAUCCAUCAGCAUGAACUGAUCCAUGGAAGUUCCUUCUGUGCUGCAGAACUUGGCCACCUGGUUGUGUCUCUAGAUGGGCCUGACUGUUCCUGUGGAAGCCAUGGGUGCAUUGAAGCUUAUGCCUCUGGAAUGGCCUUACAGAAGGAAGCAAAAAAGCUACAUGAUGAAGACCUGCUCUUGGUGGAAGGGAUGUCAGUGCCAAAAGACGAAGCUGUGAGUGCGCUUCAUCUUAUCCAAGCUGCGAAACUUGGCAACGUGAAAGCCCAGAGCAUCUUGAGGACAGCUGGAACGGCUUUGGGCCUUGGGGUUGUGAACAUCCUCCACACUGUGAAUCCUUCCCUCGUGAUCCUCUCUGGAGUCCUCGCCAGUCACUAUAUCCACACCGUCAAGGACGUCAUCCGCCAGCAAGCCUUGUCCUCGGUUCAGAAUGUGGACGUGGUGGUUUCGGAUUUGGUGGACCCUGCCCUGCUCGGUGCCGCCAGCAUGGUUCUGGACUACACAACGCGCAGGAUCUACUAG